ACCUCUUGCCGAUCACAACGACACACUGCACAUAUAAAGCAGUCGAAUCUGAUCAUCGGAGUUCUCAUUUCCAUCAAACUAUCACUGAACUGUCAACUACUCAACUUCCACCAAGAACCUCUCAAUCACCAUGGACAAACUCUCCGGACUCGCAUCCAAGCUCGGCGGCAGCCACGGCAGCAGCGGCAGCAGCAACAACAACCAGGAAGACUACGUCGACAAGGGUGUCGACAAUAUCGAGAGCAGAUUCGGCGCCGACCCCCAGAAGCUGCGCUCCACCAACGAGAAGGCCACCGACUUUGCUCGCAACAAGUUCGAGAGCUCCACCGGCCGCAACGUUCCCGACAAGAUCUCCAACUAGAUGCUCGUGCGAUGAUGUCGAUGAUUUGCGAUGAUGAUAACCUUAUGACGAUGCGGAUUGCGCUUGUAUGAUAUGAUACAGUAGGACCAGACCUACGAUAAUCUCUCGAAUGGACUACCAUAAUAUCCUGUGA